AUGGUCGUCGUUGAUUUAGUCAAGCGACUUGAGACUUGGACCAUCAACCCACAGUCCGAUUCCCCUCUCUUUAAAAAGCUGCCACCGGAGCUGCGCCUCAGCAUUUUCACCUUGGCGCUGGCUCAAGAUUGGAAGGAGCUUGGAAAUGGUGUAACCUUGCAUGGCGACUACGACUUUCGACUGCGCUAUGAUCACGACGGCGAUCCUGACGAGGAUAUUCGAGAUGAGCUAGAGAAUGGAAGGGACGACUAUUGCCUCUUCAACAGCGGUCAUCGACGCCCUACCAACGGACACAUGUGCUUUCCCGAAGCCACCGGGGGCGUUAUUUGGUUUAAACCAUACCUCUCUCCCAAGCUGCUGGCCACUUGCCGUCGCGCAUUUGCCGAGGGACACAAGCUCAUCUACGAAGCAGAACGCUGGCACAAAGGGCACUAUGCGUCACCUCCAAGCUUGCCCCGGCGGCUGGAUCCGAGCUACUCUGGCUAUGAUGCGUCAACCGAGAAUGGCUAUGGAUUUUAUCAUACGUGCCCCACGGGAUAUUGGAGCCGACAAAGAGCGCAGUGGGAGCAUUCGUUUAAGAGAAUCCGUAUGGCCCAUGGACUCCACCAAUAUUAUGAAUUCCUUCGCAGAACUUCCUAUCCAUGUUACUGGAGUAAGGAUGGUUUUAACAGCAAAUAUUUCCAGCUGAGUAAGACGCAGCACCUGCGCAUCUCACCGGAAAACCAGCAGGCCUGGGACGGCAGCAACAUGGGGUUUGCCAGUGACUUUUACGGGAAAACAUGGUGCCCGCUGCUCAAGCGAACCAAUUCUGAAUUUAUCGACUAUAACCCGCUCCGCAAUGUGAUUACGAUGGGGAAGAAACUUUUGAAGUCCCAAGAGCAACAAAAACAGCAACAAAAACAGCAGCAGCAACAGCAAGGAGAUCGUCAAGAACAGAUCAAGUCCGCCCCGGAUCGCCCGGAAUGGAUCACCCCACACCCUGAGGGACUGACCUGCAGCUACCCCGUCGGCUCGUGGGCGCGCGAGUUUGUCAAUAUGCCACACAUCCGUACCCUCACCAUGGAUUUCCACUGCGACCAGACCCAGCGCAUUCCAUAUGAAGCCUGGAUAGAGGAGGUGGUCAUCAAAACAUGGCGCUUCCCCCUAAACCCGAAGCACCACCCGGGCUACCAUUACCUUUCUGCCGAAGGCAACCCCGUCCGGAAGCUAUCCUGGCGCGGCGCCGAAGGUCAUACAGAAAAUAAAUGCACCGAAUGUGCAGCAGAACGAGUGCUAUGCCACGACGACGCGGAUUGGUGCCAGUCGUAUAAAGUGGUAGAAGAACGGACUCUUAUUGGACGUGGGUUGCGCAUGUACACUUGGACGGUCACCUGGACACGCAGAAAGUACGACGGGCCCGAGGUUUACCCAUACAAUGGAUGCGUGGAGGUUGCCGAUGACGACUAUCAGGACGAAGGGGAUUCGGAUAUGGACAGCGAGGACGAGGCAAAGUGGCAGUUCUAUACCGAUUGGUGUGGCAACGAAUGGAGACCUCCGGCUGAAGUGGACUCGGAUGUGGAUAGUGAGGAAAAGGCGAAGUGGGAAUACUUUGCCAGUCUUAUGGGCAUUGGAGGGAGCUAA